UAGUAAUGCCCAUGUUGAGGGUUAAGUCCAAAAAAAAUUUAAAUUUGGAAACUGUAAUGAGUUUUCAUGCGAAUGGUCUGGCAAGGUUUGAAUUUGGGUUGCUGUGCAUAUAAAAUUCUUUGAUUCACAAUCAAUGCAUACAGAUCUUCCGUGAAAAACAGCUCCAAACAAUCAAGGGGAGUAGUUAAAUUUGCUAUUUCCACCUGAAUUCCAGGUUGGGCAGUGAAUGGGGGAAGUAUGGGUGCUGCAGAAUUUGUAGGCUGCCAAGCGGGAUUUGCAAGCACAUGCGGAAGGAUACUUGGGGCUCUACGGGCCUCUGUGCGAAUUCUUGGUGGUUGUGCUCGUCACCACACCAGCUUGUACUGCACUUAUGGGACUUGCCAUGUCGCCAAGUCAUACUGCAGUGCUAGUAUGUGAAAGACCAGGAUGUACUAG